CAAGAGCUUGGCGAUACAGAAAUUUUUACUGGUGUCGGGGCGGGUGCGGGAACUAAAGAAGGGCGAGUGGGAGCUGGGUGGGUGCUGGGGAAGGGCCAGCAGGAAGCGAGGCCGAGCGGUAGGGGCUGGGGAAGGGCGAGCGGGAGGCGUGGGUUCUCCCUAGCAAGGGGCUGCAGCCAUGAAGAGGCUCUUAGCUGCCGCUGGCAAGGGCGUGCCGGGCCCGAAGUUCCCGAGCGCCUCCAGCGAGCUGGUCUACACCAACAACGACUGGUACAUCAUCCACUUCGGGGAUCUCGGGAAGAUCCAUAAAGCUGCCUCCCUGGGCCAAGUCCGGAAGCUGGAGAGUAUGACAGUAAAGAAGAAAAGCAUCGACUUGAACAAAGGAGAUGCCAAGAGGAGGACUGCUCUACACUGGGCCUGUGUCAACGGUCAUGCAGAAGUAGUAACAUUUCUGGUAGACAGAAAGUGCCAACUUGAUGUCCUUGAUGGCGAAAGCAGGACACCUCUGAUCAAGGCUCUGCAAUGCCAGAGGGAGGCUUGUGCAAAUAUUCUGAUAGAUUCUGGUGCUGAUGUAAAUGCUGUAGAUAUGUAUGGCAACACACCUCUCCAUUAUGCUGUUUAUAGUGAGAAUUUAUCAAUGGUGGCAAAACUGCUGUCCCAUGAUGCAGCCAUCGAAGUGCAAAACAAGGCUAGCCUCACACCUCUUUUACUGGCCAUAAUGCAAAGAAGUGAGCGAAUUGUGGAAUUCUUACUGACAAAAAAUGCAAAUGCAAAUGCAGUUAAUGAGUUUAAAUGCACAGCCCUUAUGCUUGCCAUAUGUGAGGGAUCAUCACAGUUAGUCGGCAUGCUUCUUCAGCAAAAUGUUGACAUCUUUGCUGAAGAUGUGUAUGGAAUGACUGCAGAACAUUAUGCUGCUGCUUGUGGAGUUAAUCUCAUUCAUCAACAACUUUUGAAACAUAUACGAAAAUUAUCUAAAAAUCCUCAAAAUACCAAUCCAGAAGGAACAUCUGCAGGAACAACUGAUGAGGCUGCACCCUUGGCGGAAAGAACACCUGACAUGGCUGAAAGCUUGGUGGAAAAACCACCUCAUGAGGCUGCACCCUUGGUGGAGGGAACAUCUGACAAAAUUCAAUGUCUGGGGAAAGCGACAUCUGGAAAGUUUGAACAGUCCUCAGAAGAAACACCUAGGAAAAUUAUGAGGCCUACAAAAGAAACAUCUGAGAAAUCUGCAUGGCCAGCAAAAGAAAGACCUAGGAAGAUCACAUGGGAGGAAAAAGAAACAUCUGUAAAGACUGAAUGCGUAGCAGGAGUAACACCUAAUAAAACUGAAGAUUUGGAAAAAGGAACAUCUAAGAUGAUCACAUGUCCUACAAAAGAAACAUCUAUAAAAGCAAGUACAAAUGUGGAUAUGAGUUCUGUGGAGCCUAAAUUCAGUCUUUGUGACAAACCAACUAUUGAAAAUUCACAGUCUACAAAAGUUGAGGAAGACUUUAAUCUUGCUACCAAGGGCUCCCUUACUGCCUGAUGUCAGUUGAGUUCAGCCAAUAAAAAGCAGGAGCAAAUGACUGGAGGAAGACAGAAGAG